AUGGAAGCACGAAAGAUCAGGAUGCGUGCGGCAAAAUAUUGCCUCAUUAAAGGGGUUCUCUACAAGAAGGGAUUUUCUUUACCCUACUUGCAUUGUGUCUCUAUAGAUGAGGCGAAUUACAUUCUAAAGGAUAUACAUGAAGGCCUUUGUGGAAACCAUGCUGGGGGCAGAUCACUAGCGCAUAAAGCUAUCCGACAAGGAUACUUUUGGCCUACUAUGAGGAAAGAUGCCCUUGAGUUUGUGAAGAAAUGUGACAAGUGCCAGAGAUUCGCAAUGUCCGGAGCACCAAGGGUAAUUGUGACCGAUAAUGGGAAGCAAUUUGAAAGUGAGCAAUUCCUUGAUUUUUGUAAUGAACUUGGGGUCAAAGUUCAUUUCUCUUCUCCUGCCCAUCCCCAAGCCAAAGGGCAAGUUGAGGUCACAAAUAGGACAAUACUAAAGAUGAUCAAGACACGCCUAGAAAAGGCCAAGGGCUUAUGGCGUGAACAACUACCCGGAGUUUUAUGGGCCUAUCGCACUACCGUAAGAACCCCCACUGGGGAGACCCCUUUUGGGUUAGCUUUUGGAAGUGAAGUUGUGAUCCCUGUAGAAAUAAAGUUUGCUACCUUCAGAACCAAGUAUUUUGAACCUCAACAGAACGAGAUGGAACUACAGUUAAACUUGGACUUGAUAGAAAAAAAAGAGAGCAGACCCAAAUCAAGGUUGCAGCUUACCAACGGAUGGUAUCCAAGUAUUACAACGCCCGGGUCAAGCUAA